UUAAGAAGCUUAUUAAGAAAAACAUUAGAUGAGAAUGCAAAAAAAAUCUCAAUUACACAACAAACAAGGAAACGAUUUUAUAAUGAUAUUGAGUUCUUUUAUGAUGCAUCUAGGCCAGACGACCUGCCAGAUUGGAUCUAUGUGUCUAAUGAAGAAGAAGUUGCAAAAGAACGAAUGAAAGAAUGA